AUGCAGGCGGUGCCGAGCUUCCUGCUGCCCUGCCUCCUGGCCCAGGUGUGGCUGGUACCCAGCUCCACCCCUGGUCCCCGCUCACCAGAGGCCCAGGCAGGACUGGAGACUCUGCCGACCCCCAGGGCCCAGACCGAGACCAGCGAGGGGGGGCGGGCCCUGCAGGAGGACGAGGGCCCCCCCUGGCUGACGGCCGACGGGCAGAAGCUCUCUGGGGAUACCUCCAACUUGGGGUUCAGCCUGCUUCGUAAGAUCUCCAUGAGUCACGACGGCAACGUGGUCUUCUCCCCUCUCGGCCUGGCCUGGGCCAUGGCAGCCUUGACCCUGGGGGCCAGGGGACAGAGCAGAGCCCAGCUGGAGACGGGGCUCCGCCUGCAGGCCCUGAAUCAGACCCUGCCCGCAGUGAACCAGACCCGGCCCCCGCGCCUGCCUGCCCUCUUCAAGCAGCUCCGAGAAAGCCUCUCCCACAACCCAGAGCUGGGCCUGACCCAGGGGAGUUUUGCCUUCAUCCACGAGGACUUUGAUGUCAAAGAGACCUUCCUCAAUUUCUCCAAGAGGUAUUUCGAUACGGAGUGUGUGACUAUAAAUUUUCGCAACGCCUCCCAGGCCAAAGGGCUCAUGAAUCAUCACAUUAACAAAGAGACUCAGGGGAAAAUUCCCAAACUCUUUGAUGAGAUUAAUCCUGACACCAAAUUAAUUCUUGUGGAUUACAUCUUGCUCAAAGGGAAAUGGCUGACCCCUUUUGACCCUGUCCUCACCGAGACAGACACUUUCUACCUGGACAAGUACAAGGCAGUCAAGGUGCCCAUGAUGUACCGGGCAGGCAAGUUUGCCUCCACUUUUGACAAGAAUUUUCGUUGCCACGUCCUCAAACUGCCCUACCGAGGAAAUGCCACCAUGCUGGUGGUCCUCAUGGGAAGGAUAGGUGACCACCUGGCCCUUGAAGACUACCUGACCACAGAUUUGGUGGACACGUGGCUCAGGAACAUGAAAACCAGAAAAAUGGAAGUUUUCUUUCCAAAGUUCAAGUUAAACCAGAAGUAUAAGAUGCAUGAGCUGCUUAAACAGAUGGGAAUCAGAAGAAUCUUCUCACCCUGGGCUGACUUGAGUGAUCUCUCAGUUACUGAAAGAAAUCUUAAAGUAUCCAAGGUUUUACAAAGAGCGAUGAUUGAGGUGGAUGAAGAAGGAACAGAGGCGGCGGCGGGAACCCUGUCGGAAAUCACUGCUUAUUCCAUGCCUCCCAUCAUCAAAGUGGACCGGCCAUUUCACUUCAUCAUCUACGAAGAAACUUCCAGAAUCCUGCUAUUUCUGGGCAGGGUGGUGAAUCCGACUCUCCUGUGAUUGAUGACAUGCGUGAGUCCUUAGAGCCACAGCAGACGCUGGAUCUGAGGUGUCUGAACUUACACAGGACACUGGCACUGGGUGUCGCGCCCUUGUCCUCAAAUGCUAGUUUGAGCUGUCCUUAGAUAAAUCUGCGUAUUAAAUUCAAACUUAUUUUAAGGAGAUGUUUGUACAAGCUGUCUGGUAUUUUAAGCCUGUUUCUAAGAGCCUUUGUUAUUGACUAAAGACCAUCUUGGUGUCUGGACUUAACACUAUGGUAGAUCAGAACUCUAUUUCAAGACGAAGCCUUUGGGAAGAAGACAAGUACACAUUCUCCAUGGGUCAUGAGCUUCGCUCUCUUUACUUCUCCCUGGUGCAAAUUAGUGUUUUACUUUUAACCUACUAUAGAAUCAUUUCUUGGUGACUAAAAUUAGAAGAAAAUAGCUGUGGUCAGUCCUGUUGCAUUGAGGCUCCACCCACUCCGUGGAGCCGUUAACUGAGCCACAGAUCAUCCAAUUCAAUACCUUCGUUUUACAAAGCAAAGAAAUGGGAAACCGGAGGGAGGGCCGCAGUGUGGCUUUCGUGGGCCCCAGGCACUUUUGUCUCCAUAGGUUCCUCCCUUCAUAAAAAUAAAAAAAUAUAUAUGUGUGUGUAUAAUAGAAAUUAUAUUUUAUGACUGCAUUGGUAUAAACGUGAAUAUAUUCCGGGUUAUAUCUGUCUUUAUACCAGUGCAGUCAAAGUAUGGAACUUGCUUGUUGCAAGAAGUAAAACAUCUUCAUGGGCCCCUAAAAGUAUCGUGGGCUUGAGGCACUGUGCCUACGGCAUCUAAUGGCUAAAUCAUGCAGGGCAUCUCAGAGGAAGGAAAAAGUCACCCAGUGAAGCAAUGGCAGAGUCAGAAGCCUGCCUCUCUUGACUCCAGUCCCCAAGCCCAUUUCACUCUUCUUUCUGUCUACAACAUCUGAUGGGGUCCGCUUCAACAGGCAGCACAUGCUCACCUCUCAGUUACCCACUGUGGCUAAACGGAAUAUAAGCAUGGACUUUGUCCCAAGGUUCAAAGAAAAACAGCAAACACUUUCUUAGCCAGUCAUUUUCUGUUAUAGAGACAAGAAAAUAUUUUAGGAGUAAUUUCAGAGAAUCGUGAAUAGAGUUAACUAAUCUUGGAAUGUCAACUAUGUUGACUAACGGCCUAAUUGGAUUUUUAUCUGUUUGCUAUCCAAUUUAAAUAUACUUAAAAU